UGUGUUCUCAAGUCUUGCCUCUGUAGCGCCACGGGAGUCAAAACGACGGCGUGACAUUGUGGAGGUUACAGGCGUGGACGCAGGACGACGCUCCGAGAUGGAAGCCGUGUUGGUCGGCCGGGAUUUGGGUUUUUAACGGCGUAUAUCGCGUGGAUUACAACAUACCUGUCUUUGGUAUCCUGCCUGUCACAGGGCACACAGUACAAAGAGACACAGACGUGUUGCGGUCCACACCUCAAACCGGGAAGGGGCUGCUACGUCUGCGUGGAUGGAAGCAGGGUUAUCAUUUUCCACCCCGACACAGAACAACAUAAAAAGUCUUUUUUUUAAAGAAGCAAAGUAGUACGCAGCUAGCUUGCUAGCAAAGUUGGCUACUCUAAGAACUUUAGGGGCAAGCCUGUAAUUAGCAACGCUGUGGUUUUCCAGCUGAUGUCGCUGGUCAAAGUUCCGUUUAUAGAUAUCGUUCUUGUCCGACUGACCAAGGAGAGAUAGCCCAUGGGACCGCGAAGAAGUUUAUACUCGGAAAAAGUUGGCUAAUAUUUGGCUAGCUCGCGAAGCGUCGUGUUAGUACGUGGUUGAAAAGUGACGCGGGGGUCCUCGCCGACGUGAAGUGAUGAUGGGGUCGCUGAAGGCUCUACAGGAGUGGUGUCGGAUCCAGUGCGAAAACUACCAAGAUGUGGACAUUAGGGACAUGUCUAGGUCUUUCCGGGACGGCUUGGCGUUCUGUGCCAUAAUACAUCGCUACAGGCCGGAGUUGAUAGACUUUGGCUCGCUGUCAAAAGAUGACGUCUAUGAGAACAACCGACUGGCCUUUGAGGUGGCUGAGACGCAGCUGGGGAUUCCAGCACUGUUGGACCCAGAAGACAUGGUAGCGAUGAAGGUUCCUGACAAGCUCAGCAUCAUCACCUAUGUCUCCCAGUACUACAACUUCUUCAACAACAAGUCUCAAGCAAACCUUCCCUCCAUGAAGAGGCCAGCCAUUUUUACUCAUAACGAGCCAGCACAAAAGAAGCCCCCGACUCCUCUAGAUGACAGAGAGGUUGAGUCUGAGCCGAGCCAAGCCAAGGAGGCGGGUCUGGAAGCGACAAAGCGCAGCACGCUUAGCAGCACCUGUGCUGCCUGUCAGAAGCAUGUCCAUCUGGUGCAGCGGUUUCUGAUAGACGGCAAAUUAUACCAUCGAAACUGCUUCAGGUGCACUGAGUGUCGUAGCACUUUGCUACCUGGAUCCUACAAACUACAAAGUGAUUCUGGAGUGUUGGUCUGCACCCACCACCUUAAAAGGCAAGCUCCAGCAAAUCAGAAUGGUCGACCGGAUCUGAGCCAGAGGCCGGUUGUAGUCCAGUCGGCCAGGAUCGGUUGCAGCAAGAGCCCCUACGCCUCGACCUCUGAGACGAACCAAGAAAAGACCCCUUCCCCAGUGGGCAAGGUGAAUGAGAACGAGGUGCCAACAAACAUGACUGUCAUAGUCACUCCUGUGCAAACAAACAAGGUCACCUUGGAAGACACAGACAUGCUUAAUGACGGUAGAGAGACUGAAGACAAACACCGUCCCUCUUCUCCUCCAAACCCUUUUGAUGAGAGUGAUGAUGAAGGUGACGAUGAAUCAGCAAGGGAAGAAGAAUCACUAACUCAUGAUAAGUCUAACGGUGACCUGCCAGCUGCACAUGUCAGUCAAAAUGAAGCCACACCCAGACCAGUGCCAGCACCUCGCCGAGUUGCCCAGAUCACCCCACCGCCCCUUCCUUCCCCACGUGUGAGACUACCCCGAACAGCUGACAGCCUUGCAGCUGGUGAACCUCAGAGUCUGCCCACCCCUCCAAAACCCAGGGAGAGAUCGAAGUCUCCAGGAAGCUUGUCCCGUGGCUCACAUAAACCCAAAGAUCCACCUUGGCUUGCCCUGGUCCAAUCAGAAACCAAGAAGAAGAAAGCUCCUCCCCGUCCCUCUGCAGGACUGUCAACAUCUCCCAAUACAGGCUCUGUGUCUUCUCUUAAAGACGAAGGCUCCAGAUCCAGUACGCCCCCCUUGCCCUCUAACCCUUUUGAGGAUGAUGAGGAUGAAAAUAACGAAGCAGAAGAAGAGGAGGAAGGUGUUGCUGUUCCAACAACAAUGGCGGCGAGUCACCCAUGGUACAGUAUCACACAGGUGGCUGAUGCCUCCGAUGCCAACACGCCCCCAAGCACAGGAAGCUCCUCCCGCUCAGCCAGCCCAGGAAGUGCUAAAAGUAAAAAGCGUCCAGCACCUCUUGUACCACGGCCACCUGCUGUGAACCAAGUUCCUCUGCAUUCUCAGCAGUCUUCUCGCUCUCCAACUCUCAGUGUGGAGAGUUUGUCUUCUGGGUCUGACCAGAGCUCCUCCCAUCAACCCCCGGCAACCGCUGGAGGCAAGGGCCAGGAACAUUGUUUCUCUAAAAGUGUCUCAGAGCCUUCCAUCUGUACACCGUCUACAGCUUCUCCAUCCUCCUCUUCCAGCGAGGGUCUCCCUCAUUCUUUCCUCAGCCCCUCUCCAUCCGUGUCAUCAAAUGCAAGCUCCGCCCCUGCCACCCCGCAAGUCAGUCGCAGCAAUGAGUCCAAAGAAAGUGGACCCUCUCCACUCAGACCCGCAACCACCCCGAGCCCAUUAGUCUCAGGAGCGACCUCUUCACAUAACAAGCGAAUUUGCAAGGAAAAUCCAUUCAACAGGAAACCUUCUCCCUCUUCUACCAAAUCUAAAAACAAACCCCCGAAAGGUCCUCGUCCUUCUAGACCGCCAGCCCCCGGCCAUGGCUUCCCACUUAUCAAACGCAAAGUGCAGUCAGACCAGUACAUCCCAGUGGACGACAUCCACUGGGAGAUGAGUCAGCUGGAAAAGCAGCUGGAUGAGCUGGAGCUUAGAGGCGUGGGGCUGGAGAAGAAACUCAGAGACAACACUAAUGAUGAGGAUGAAGAGCACCUGUUGGUCGACUGGUUCACGCUCAUUCAUGAGAAACACCAGUUAGUCCGACGAGAAGCUGAGCUGGUCUACACUGCAAAGCAGCAGAACCUUGAAGAAAGGCAAGCUGAUGUGGAGUAUGAGCUGAGGUGUCUUCUCAACAAACCAGAGAAAGACUGGACAGAGGAGGACAAGAGCCGUGAGCAGCAACUGAUGGCCGAACUGGUCACCAUUAUUGAACAACGCAACCAAAUAGUCAACAACAUGGACCAGGACAGACAGAGGGAGGAGGAGGAAGAUAAGUUAGUGGAAGCCAUGCUGAAGAAAAAAGACUUCCAUAAGGAGCCCGACGUAGAGCAGCCGCAGAAGAAAAAAGGGGCCAAGUUUAAACCCAUGAAGGUUCUGAAGAGGCUCAGCCACAAAGGAGAACCUGGAAAAAGUCCUCGCAAGGAGAACAGCUGAUCCUCACCAAGUGUAAACACACUAACAGACUAAGGGGAUGUUUUUCAAGUUGUGAUUUAGUGACUCUAAAUGACUGUUUAAAAAGAAUCUGCUCACAUCUCCACAAAGAGAAAGUAUGACAACUCAAGUAUUUGAAUAGCUCUGACCUUUUCCAGCUUGUUAAGCAGCCAGAGGUACUGCUCAUUUAUCUGUUGCUGAUCUGUAGUCCGUUUUUAUCAAAUGAGGCCAGCUAGCGAAAAAGUUGACUUUGAUUUCUUCUCAUCCUGGAUCGCUCUCCUCCAACCCAAUACUAUUGGGCUCCUAAUGUCCCAGGUGCAUUCAACGACAUCACUCACCAAAGCAUUCUUACAUUCAAAUCAACCUGUCGCCAAGAUAUUUUGUAGUAAUAAUCCUUUUUAUCUUCAUGUUCUCACACAGGAAAAAAGCGACAAUUAUUUGCAUCAUCGGUCAAAACACAUUUUCAACAUAUUGAAUGAAUCUAGAGAGCUGCAAAUGGCUGUCAGAGAAUUGUAUUGAUAAAAGGUUACAUAUGCAUUUGUGCUUUUAAAAAAACAAAAUGGCAAUUUUAAGCUGUUUAAAAAAGAAAUGGGAAGCCCUGACUUUUUCAUUGUUAAUUUAUAUUUGACUGUGUUUUUAAUGUGUUUCACCUGAAAGUGGGGGUGUGUUUGCAUGCCUGCUAAUAAGCUGCAUAUUGUCAGGGCAUUUAAAUGUCCAAAUGUUUUGCCCAUAUUCAUCAUGUCUUUCUGCUUGGACCUAUGCAGAUGCUUUUUUUUUUUUUUUAUCCCAAAAGCAGAAUUUUAAGAAAUGGUUACGGUGAAAGGUAGAUCAUAUAAACAAGCUAUAUAAAUACUGCAGAUGUUUAUUGUUUAUUUAACCUUUGUGCACAUGUCACUAUCUUGCAUCCAUGCGGUUCACUUCCUUGUUGGGUUGUCGGGCUUCUUCUAGCAUCUCCAAUUCACGGAUUUUCUAAAAUAAAGCAAACACAAUUCGCAAAAUAUUAUAAUUGAGCCAAUAAAUAGUUCUUAUCACUCAAUGCAUAAAAACAGGGGUCUCCACUUUGACACAACAGAACAAAAUGUAAUUAAUUGUGAUCUAAAACGGGUGUGCCCAGACAUUUUGCCUCUAGGGGCCAAAGUGAAAAUGUCCCAAUGGUCACCGGGCCAAAGAGCAAUUUUUACCAUGCAACAGCACCACGAUUGAGGAAUUUAGCCUCAUACCAGUAAUAAUUCAUUAUAAAGGUAGUAGAGAUUGUCACACAGUCCUGUGCCUAAUUCAGUUAACAUGCAACUCUAUCUUUUAUGUUCAUUCUUAGCCUCAAAACAUUUCAAAAGAACUGGGGUUUGUGUGUGUGCCACAUAGAAAGUCCUGAGUUUGAUCCCCAUAGUCGGGGUCUUUCUGUGUUGAGUUUGCAUGUUCUCCCCGUGACGGCGUGGGUUCCUCCCACCUCCAAAGACAUGCAGCUGGGGAUAGGUUGAUUGGCAACACUAAGUUGGCCCUAGUGCAGUGGUUCUUAACCUUGUUGGAGGUACCGAACCCCACCAGUUUCAUAUGCGCA